AUGUGGGUUCUUGGUAACUGUAGACCUUUGUUGCCUCUCUUUAAUCUUUUUGUGCACUGUUCUAGCAGUCUACACCCGGGCUUUUCACAACUUCAAUAUGGACAACGACUGGACGGAAGCGUGAGUAAUUCGUUCCCAGAAUUCAGUUUGAUUGACUGUGUUACUGAAUGUUUAGUAACACCAAGAUGUGUUUCAGUCAAUUACUGCACCGGAGCAAAGUUCUGUGAAAUCAACUAUCAGAGGAAAUCAGAGACAAAGUACGUGAUGAGCGCUGGGUGGGUUUACAGCGAAAAGGAUCACUGGCCAACAGACCUCGCUGGAGCCUGUGAAAAUCCGAGCUGUAACAUGAACGAGACUUGCAAGCAUAUGAAAUACCCCGAAGACAAACUCUAUGAAUGUGUUCUUUCAGACUGCGGAAUACCCAAAGGAAUAGGGAUAAACAUCGAUAGCGCAAAACGUGAGGACGCCAUUGGUAUACACAGAAGGAUGCACGCCUCGUGUUCUGACGGAUACUUCCAGUUUGGUUCCGGACGUCUGAUCUGUCAGUCAAACGGCGAAUGGAAAUACAACAUUCAUUGUGAAGAGGGCUGGGUUCAGUACGGGAAUCAUGUUUAUCGCCUAUUCACAGAACAAAAGACUUGGGACAAUGCAAAGGCUUACUGUAAGGCAAAAGAUGCUUAUUUAGCAGAGAUCGAAUCUUUAGAUGAAAAUAAUUGGAUCAAGCAGUUUCUUUAUAGGAUGGAAAGGUGUCAAACGAUCUUGUACAGCUGUGGAGUGUGGAUUGGAGGCACCGACCAGAACACAGAAUCAGAAUUCAUCUGGAGUAGGAGUGGAAAUAAAAUCACCUUCACACAUUGGUCAUUCGGAAAUCCCAAUAACCUCAUUAACGAAGAUUGUAUUGAGAUGUAUAGCUCUAAUGGGGAAUGGAAUGAUAAGACAUGUAGUUCCACAAUAUCUUUUAUUUGUGAAAAAAACUUAUAAUGUUACGUACAUA